AUGGAGAAAUUAGAUGAGGAUUCGACGCAACGUACAAACGUGGCUGAAUCGGGGAAAAACCCAAUUUGUGGAGGUGAGAAAGGAGCUUCCUUCUCCCUCUGUGAGCUAAACAAGGAAGGGAUGGAUCUAGAUAGCUUAAACGAACAUGUUACAGGAGUUUCCAUUUUUGAGAAACAGGAUAACAUGAGCGAAGGUGAAGAAACUCCCACGUUAGUAGUUCACCCAGAUGGUGACACAUUCGAAUUGACUUCACCUCUCCCUCUGCACAUAAGUGAUAAAGAAUCAACAGGAAAAAAUGAACGAAACGAACCUGAGGAAGAGGUGGACAAUGAAGACUACCUCUACGUAAGCGAACAUCUUCGGAUAAAAAAAGACAAACAGAUUUUUGUGAGUAACGCUCUGAAUGAUUACAUAAACGAAUACCUGAACUUGUUCGGUUCAUGCGAUGAAAAAUUUUUUAGGAACGAAAAUGGAGAGGCAGAGCGGUUUAUGGAAAUUGGAUUAAAUCUGAAUGGAGGCUGCUGCGGGGGAAGGGCCCCCCACCGCAACGGCGCCUCAUCCGACAGCAGCAGCUGCUUCUCCAACUCGUCUUCGGAAGGGGACCCCGCCCACAACAGCCCCUGCACGUCGGACGAGGACAUACUUGAGAAGCUGCAUUUCGACAAGCAGUCCUUACGUACAAUGAAAAAGCUAGAGAAAUCCAAGAACGCCUAUUUUAAAUACCUCAGUGAUCUCUGUGUCAAGUACGACCUAAUGAGUCGCUUCACCCUUCCCUACUUCGAACGAGUGAAACGAGCCAUUGUGAAGACUCCCUCGAGAUAUAAACGUAUAACGGAGAGGUGUGAUGCAAGCCUAGAGACCAUGCAGGUUUUUCUAGAGAAUGAAGAAAAUGCGAGAAGGAUUGAACAAAGUCAGAAGAGGUUGCGAUCUGAUGUGGUUAACUCCAUGUUUGGCUUUCACAUCAUCAGUGAUACUCACCCGAUGAAGGUUCCCAUUAAGGGUGUGAAUCGGUUGGGUGGGGGGGAAACCAGGCCAGACACCACCACGUCGGGAAUCACCACGUCGGGAAUCACCAGAUCGGGCAUCACCACGUCUACUUGCAACCCAUUUGUAUACAAAUCUUUGCAGAGCACGAAACGCGUGGGGACCACCAAACUAAGCGGCAAUGUCUCGCAUGGGGAAGAGGGAAGCAAGCGGAGGAGGCGACAAGGUAUGACGAAGGCCAACUCUCAGAAGAAUAGGACCCACGUGGGGGGAAGCAGCAUGAGGGAAAGCAGCGUGGGGACGAAGAACUACCUGAAUGAAUACAUAAAGAAGGUGCAAAGGAAUUCCAAACUGCAUAACAAAGUAGGGACUAUCAAGCAGUAUAUUUUACUGUCCAAUUGGAACGAGCUGAGGAGACACCACCACACCGUGAGGGUGGUGUCGGACCAACGAAGGAGUAACGCCAAGUUGCUUGCCAAGGAAUGUUACGAGCAAAUGAAGUUAAUCGAGAAGAAGCGGAAAAUAAUUAUCGAGAGGGAAGAAAAGGAACGUUUGAGAUUGCUCAAGGAAAACGACAUGGAUGCUUACAUCAAUCUACUAAAAAAUACAAAAAACAAGAGGCUGCAGGAAUUGCUAGACGUAACUGAGGAGUUCCUAACUAGCAUGUCAUCAUGUGUACUGUGCCAGAAGAAGGACAGUGUAUUUGAUGUAGCAUCUCAGGAUGAACCCUCAUCGAUCGGUUCGAAUGAAAUGGAUUCUACCUAUCAUUCGAAGAGCACAAACAUUGCUAUGAAGUCUAAUUACAAAGAUGCCAGGGAGAAGUACCUUCUUGUGUCCCACUCUGUUAGAGAGAAAGUGGUGCAGCCAUCGAUCUUGAUCGGAGGAACUCUGAUGAAGUACCAAUUGGAGGGGUUAGAAUGGCUCAUCUCUCUCUACAAUAACAAUUUACAUGGCAUCCUGGCAGAUGAGAUGGGUCUAGGGAAGACCAUACAAACGAUUAGUCUAUUUGCCUACCUGAAGGAGUUUAAAUGGGGAGGAAUUUCCGCUGGGAAAAGUGCACUUAGUACUGGGGGCCCGAGACAACCAAAGAAUCUCAUCAUAGUUCCUUUGUCGACAUUGCCAAACUGGAUGAGCGAAUUCGAAGCAUGGUGUCCCUCUCUUAAGGUCAUCACUUACAGAGGAACCAAAUGUGAAAGGAAGGGAUUAGCAAAACGGAUGCUCGAAUCUGAAUAUGACAUAUGUCUCACCACCUUCGAUUUUGCUAUCAAAGAAAAAGCAUUGCUAAUAAAAAUUUUUUGGACCUACAUAGUAGUAGAUGAAGGACAUAGAAUGAAAAACAGCAAAUCGAGAUUCCAUACAAUUUUGAAAGAUUUUAAAAGCAAGCAGAGGGUACUCUUAACCGGAACACCUCUACAAAAUAACCUCUCUGAGUUAUGGUCCCUACUGAACUUUCUCUUGCCAAAAAUUUUUUCUUCUUGUGAUGAUUUCGAGAGGUGGUUUAUAAGACCAUUACAUAGUGAUAAAGAUAUACAAGACGUCAUCAUCACAGAAGAAGAACAGCUACUAAUUAUCAAUAGGUUACAUAGUGUCCUUCUCCCCUUUAUGCUCAGGAGAGUGAAAAAGGACGUCUUGAAAUCUCUCCCCAAGAAAUACGAAUAUAACGUUUAUAUAGACUUAUCCCUAUACCAGAAAAUGCUUUAUCGCCAAAUUGAAAUGAAGGGAUUCACUCAAAUUAACAGGAAUGGAUCCAUUAGUAACAAGUCGUGUCAAAAUAUGGUGAUGCAAUUGAGGAAGGUUGUGAACCAUCCAUAUUUGUUUCUUGAAGAAUACGACAUGGAUGAUUACUUAAUAAAGUGUAGUGGUAAAUUUGAGGUACUCGACAGGAUGCUACCAAAGCUGCUUAAGUUUCGUCACAAAAUUUUGAUUUUUUCCCAAAUGACAAAGUUAAUGGAUAUCCUCUGCGACUACCUGGACUACCGCGGACACCGCUUCCACCGCCUCGACGGGAAUAUUGGCCUGCACGAGAGGAGGAAGAUCAUCGAGGAGUUCAACCGGGUUGCCGUGGGCGAAGCGAGCGGCGCGGAUGGAGUGGACGGAGUGGAUAAUGUAGAUGGGGUGGACGGAGUGGAUGGAGUGGACGGCGCGGAUGGAGUGGACGGAGUGGACGGCGCGGACGGAGUGACUUGCGGCGCCGUUAGCAAAGCGGGUGUAGACCAUACGGGAGAAGCCGCGGAUGGAGUGGACGGAGUGACUUGCGGCGCCGUUAGCAAAGCGGGUGUAGACCACACGGGAGAAGCCGCGGACGGGAAUUGCGAUGAGGGUGACCCGCUGGACGAGCCAAACGGGGGGCACGACGAAACCAUGAUUUUCAUGCUGUCCACCCGAUCGGGGAGUCUAGGCCUGAAUCUCCAAACCGCGGACACGGUGAUCAUCUUCGACAGCGACUUCAACCCACACCAAGACAUACAAGCCAUGUGUAGGUGCCAUCGAAUUGGACAAAAGAACGUCGUGAAGGUCUUCCGAUUCAUCACUCUCUCCGGGGUAGAAGAACUGAUUUUCCAAAAGGCGCAGGAUAAACUAGCCAUCAACGACAAGGUCAUACAGGCAGGUCUAUUUAAUAAGAUAUACAGUGAUGAGGACAGAAAGAACAAGCUGAAAAAUAUUUUCCAAAGGAGCCAGAAGGGACAAGUGACGGUGCAGUCCACCAACCCACUGCUACUCAACUACUACAUGGAGAGGUCAGAGGUGGAGUUGAAAUAUUUUCUCAAAUUUGAUCAGAGGUACUUCGGCUCGGAGUUCUACACGCAUCUGCAGACUCUCAAUCGGGAGAAGCCCCACGUGCCGCAGUUCACGUAUAUGAGUGAGGACGAGGGGGAGGGGGAGGGAGAUGGGAAGCGGUGAAUGGAAGGCGGCGAAAUGCAAAGCGGCGAAAUGCAAAGCGGCGAAAGCGGCAGCGGCGAAAUGCAACGCGGCAGCGGCAAAGUGCCUCGCGAUGAAGCGCGGACAGGAGAAGCCCCCUCCUGGGCGGAAGAACGCAGCUCCAUUUUGAAGGAGGAAAACCAAAACGAAAUCGAGAAGGUUUUAAUAAAAAGUAAAAAGCUUGUAAACAGGGACGAACUUCCGUCGUAUCUGUUUUACGAUGACACGGAGGAGGGGGUCGAGGUGGAGUUCAAGAGGACACGCAGGCAAAUUAAUGUGCACCUCAUGGACGAGGAGAAUCUCUCCAAUGUGGAGUUUCUGCAGUUGAUUGAGUCAGGGGGGGAAGCGGAAGAGGGAGCGGAAGAGGGAGCGGUGCUCAGCGAUGCGGUGCGCAGCGACGCGGUGAAAGAGGCGGAGGUAACUGAAAAGGCGAAGGGGGAAGACGCAGGGAAUGACCCGAUGAGCGGCGACCUGAUGAGCGGCGACCUGAUGAGCGGCGACCCGGUGAGUGGCGACCUGGUGAGUGGCGACCCGGUGAGUGGCGACCCGGUGAGUGGCGGCCCGAUGAGCGGCGACCCGGUGAGUGGCGACCCGGCGAACAGCGAUCCGCUAAAUGACGACCCGAUGAGCGGCGACCCGCUAAGGGCCGACCCGACGAAUGACGAGGACUCGCCAGGCACACGAACCCCCCUGGGCGCGCACACCAGCGAGCGACCGCACAAGAAAAGCCGCCCCUACAACUUUAGACGUUCGGGCACCACGGAGAGGACGUACAGCACCAGAAAUGGGCGGACUAGCGAGGGUAGCAGUGCCUCUCCACAGAGGGGCAAAAGGAAAUCGAGCAGCCCGGGGGAGGUACGUCUAAAUCAGGACAAAAAGAAACGGAAAAAGCACCCUUUGGAUCAGCGAGCACAUGCGCCAAAAAAGGGCCUCUCAAGUGCCUCUCAAGUACCUCUUAAGUACCUCUUAACUGUGUGA